UUCUUUUCCUUCUCCCUCGCUCUAGCCUCUCUCCCAUUUAUUGCUUGCCGCAGCCCAAGGUUUAAGGUUAUUUUAACCUUCCAUAGGUUCGCUUGUUUAGAAUCGAUCCUUCGUCUCUCCUGAUUUCCCAAUCACAUCAGAUUUGAGAACGGCAGAGCCGCAGGUCCCGUAUCCACAUCUCGCUUUGGGAUGAAAGAUGGCGUUCACAGAAGGCAGACUCGCAUUUUAACAGAAUGCGAGCUGAACAGAGGGGGCGUUCGUUGGCGAGACAUCCUGCCGAUACCCUACAGAUGGCUUUUAUUGCUCAUCCCAUUCAUAUAUAUGAAUGCCCCGCAUACGCAUUGUUGUAAGGCUUUUUUGCUUGUCGUGGUUCUGCUUGUCGACUCUUUGAAAAUAUGCCUUCCAUCUUCAGAUAUACUGCAGGGGCUGCCCUCCUCUCUUCAGCCACCGCCUCGGUAAUCGGUGCCAUCCCUUCGCAGACAGUCGGAGGUUUUGGACAGCCAUUCUUUGUGGAACCGACACCAGCACCAGAGUAUGAGCUGGUGAAGGUCAAGUUGGCAAAGAAAGAUGUAACAAACAUUUGUACAGAAUGGACAAUUCCUGGUGGCUUUGGACAACCAGAAUGUGCAAAUUCGGAAACAUGUUUGUUCACAAGUGCGGGUGGUUACUGGUAUGAAGGUUGUGGUGAAACGAGUAUCCGUUACAAUUGGAUUACCGCCUGUUACAACUGGCCGAAGGCGUCAACCUUAUCCGCUCCUGUGUCGAAUACAUACUGCCCUUCUGCUUCCCCAUACUGUGGCUUCUACGCAUUCGUCUUCGCGGAGGAUUAUACGGCCUAUAAUUUUGGAUGCUCAGAUCUUCCAUACUCACUCUAUGUGGACCUUCUCCCUACUACUACGGAUGGCUCGACCUCGACCGACAUUGUCCUCAAUGGCGGCAAUGGCUCCUCUAUCACUGAAUCGGCAGCAACCACAAAUCUGAUCCUCUCCCAGAGUUCAACGACAAGCCAGACGACCACUGCGUCGGUCUUCGUGGCACCAGGAGCAAGUCUUGGCUCAAGUACAGCUGCCAGCGCCAGUUCAACUUCCACUUCCACCUCAGUACCCAACAUCGGCUCUCACUCUUCAUCCAGCACACCUACAGGAGCAAUUGUAGGCGGUGUAGUAGGAGGUAUUGCAGUCAUCGGUUUCCUAGCCUUCCUCAUCUGGUUCUUCCUUCGAAAACGCCGACAAGACAAGGCAUCCGCUCAAGCUCAUGAAGCGCAAAUCCAAGCCGAUCAAGCAGCAGCAGCCUCCUCCACAGCGUACAACAACAACAAUCGCAUCUCUGAGAUUGCUGGAACGAUGAAACCUCCUGCUCCUCCAGCAAAUACAUACGUCCCUCCUCCAGGCAUUGCAGGUGUAUACGGAGAGAAGCCAGCUGCAAAUGCCAAUACCCAAGAAGUGUACCGACCACCGGGACAAGAACAGAAUAACGGCGCCUACGCAGAAAAUGUGCAACCACACUCUCCCCCUCCCGUGUACGCUCACCCUACCAGUCCGCCCAGCCACUACAACGAGCUGGACCACCAAAAUGCAGCAAUAGCAAGACCAACAAGCGUUCCUCCCGUGAGCCCCAUGGCAACAGGAACAAGCCAAGGUGUUAGCCCAGUCGGCACCCCAACCCCACAACAACAAUACCAACACAUGAGCAUGGUCUCCAACGCGACGGAACUCUCGGGCAACCAUAACAUGCCACCACAACAACAGAGCUACUCUCCUCGACCAGGCUUCCAGGAGAUGAGCAGCAGCAACGCAGCCGUCCCGAUGAGACCAGCUGGUCCUCCACCGGGAGUCCAGGAAAUGCACGCAAACCCACACGCAGCGGUACCGAUGCGACCAGCGGGUCCACCGCCAGGAAUGCAAGAGAUGAGCGGAAAUUCGCAGGCUGCGAGUGGGGGUGUGAAUAGACCUGCCGGACCACCUCCGGGUGUGCAGAGGUUCGAUAUGAAUGGGAAUCCUAUGACUGAGUAUCAUGGUGCGGAGCUAGAGUAGAUGGUAGAGCUUAUUAUGACUUGUAUGUAUUUAUUGCGUGUUACUUAAUGUGAGAAAGGAGUUUGCACAUAUGGGAAGGUAAAUAUCAUCUUCCGGCAAGGUAAUCAGUAUUGGUAUCGGUAGUAAUGCAGAUUAUAUACUUAAUUCUGCCAGUCUUUGCUAAGGUGUGUUGGGAGGCUAGAGGCUGCUUUUGCUUGUUUUUGGUCCCAAAUGGGAGGUGCUGUUAGUGGGGAAUAGGUGUUGUUGCUCUUGUGAAUGAAAACUUGAAUAAUCGAACCAGGCAAGUGCCUUUCACUUUGUUUCCAGAUAGAAUUAAAGAUUAUUG